UGACAAAAGGCCACUCAUUGCGCGCAUUGCUGAAUUGGUCGCACUCACGACCUCAGUGUUCCCAAUUCCACACACACCUCUAGCCGCGCCUCCCCAUGUUAUUGCCGCUCAUUUAGGCCCUCCACGCCCCUUUUCAAGAAUUUAGAUCCCAACCAUGUGGCCAUUUGACGCUGUCGACUGGCUCACUCUCUCAAUACCCUUCGCCUACCUCUUCAUUCUUGUCGGAUCGCUAGCCGUCUUUUCGAGUCUCUACCGCAAGCGCAAAGCCGCGAAGGCGGCGUCCCUGGCACCAUGGUUCCCUCAACACAUCCAGCGUGAUGUCUACUUGACCUUGCUCCAUAUGGAACAUCCGAAAGUCCCAGACAGCAUUCUCAAAGCGGCGCUUCUGAGGAGGGCUACAGAAGACGUGCGCCGUAUUGUACAGAUCAGGAAUGCGAAGCAGGCAUUGCAGACUUUAUUGCAGAGAGGCAGUGUGGGGGAUGAUCUCUGGCAGAGAUUCCAGCGCGCGGAGAAAGAGAUAGAGGAGGAACUUCGAGAUGUCGUGACUGAGGCCAAUGCCUUUGUCCCCAACUGGGGCCAGGUCAUCUUCCAGAGCGCCUCCGAAAUGGCUCAGAAUGCAAACCUCCGUGAGCACCUAAGCGAGAUCCUGUCCACUGCAAAAUCAGAGCGGGAGUGGUGGGAUCAAAGGAGAGCGACUCUCCAAGAUGAGCUGCUCAAGGAGCUGGACGAGGAAAAGAAAUCCGAGGAGAAGAAGGUACCCAUAAUCGACGCGAGCGUCUCAAAGGGGAGCGAUGAUGAAGCUGUUCUCGUCGAAAGCGGGGGCCCAGCUGACAAGGGUGCAAAAGCGAAGAAGAAGAAAGGAAAACACUGAAGUGCUCGAAGGAUUUCUGUCGGCCUCAACUGCGCGAGCGGGGAGAGGGGUCAUGUUUAAACCGUCAGGGAUGCGUGGUGGGGGGAUCUUUUAGUCAUUGAGAAAUCUCCGCGAGCGACUGGCGGAGUAUAUGGUUCUGAGGCAUUGCAUAGCCGGCGUUACGGAGUUCAUACAUGCAGAUGGCGGAUGUGUGGUGUAUCGCACGGAGUGCCCGAGCGUCUGUAUGAUCAUUUCGAUUCACCCAUUCAAUACCAAGACUUCUUCCUCGUUUAAUAUACAAUUCC